AUGGGUGUUUUAGAUCGUCUUUCUAAAAUUUGCUUUUGUGGGAUGCCUCACACUCGCAUCAAGAAGAGGCUCCACAAUAUAAAGAUGAAGCACCCGCAGAUAGUGGAGAUAAAGGUGAGAAUGGACUGUGAAGGCUGUGAGAGGAGAGUGAGGAAGUCAGUGGAAGGCAUGAAAGGAGUUACAAAAGUGGAAGUAGAGCGCAAGAAGCAAAGCCUCCUAGUGACUGGGUACGUGGACCCUGAUGAGGUGUUGGACCGUGUGAGGCAGCGAACAGGGAAGAAGGCCGAGAUGUGGCCUUCUCUGCCCUAUGAUGUCGUGGAGCGCAGCCGUCCGUACAUCACCGCCACCCCUGAGUAUGUGUAUGAUAAGCAGGCUCCGGUUGGGUACGUGCGAAAGGGCCAUGAAAGUCCAGAGACUUCGAACAUGGCACUUAAUAGUUCUAGUGCUACUGAAGUAAAGUACACCACAGCAUUUAGCGAUGACAAUCCCAAUGCCUGUUUAGUCAUGUGA